CAGCGCCCGCCUAGUAGCGUCGAGGUCCUUCAUUCGCCCACGACUAUCCCACGAACCGAGCAUCUUGCUGCCAAAGUCCGCCCAAGAUCUACAGAGCCUUCGCUCUGGAUCUACCUGAGAUAGCAUCACGGUUCUCAAGACCUUAUGCGACUUGGAACGAGCUAUACCGGCCUAGCAUUCCAGCAAUCGCACCGAGGACCGCCAGUCGACUCUUCGCUACAUAGUACUAGUGCUUGAAAUAUCAGCGCUUUUCGUCGCUCGAACGUGGAUAUUGGGCGGGCAGCUGGCCCGGGGCAUCAACUGAACCGAGUGCGCAACUGCGUCACGUCCAAGGCUAGCUCCCGACUUGAUCAAACAGGCAACUUUCCUCCGUCGAACUUGCGCUUCCCGCUCUUGCGCCGCCCACCAUUGUGCUUGGCUUGUUGCGAAAAGUCUACACCUAUCCCCCCAAAAUGUUUUUCCUCCACAACCUCGAGCGGGUGGUCUCGCUUCACCCGUCAUUUUUUGGCAAAAACAUGCACGAAAUUGUGGUGCAGAGACUGCUUGCAGACACCGAGGGAACGUGCCAGGGCGAUUUUUACAUCAUUUCCGUCAUGGACGCCGUCGAUAUCUCGCCCGGAAAGAUUGUUCCUGGCAACGCGAUGGCCGAGUUCACCGUAAACUACCGCGCCGUGGUUUGGCGUCCCUUCAAGGGGCAGACUGUUGACGGCAUUGUCGACUCGGUGAACCAACACGGCUUCUUUAUCGCAGUUGGUCCCCUCAGGGUAUUCAUAACGAAGCAGAUGUGCCCACCAGAUGUCAUUUAUGAUGCGAAUGCAAGCCCGCCAGUGUUUACAGAUAAGGACACUUGGCUUGUCGAUGUUGGCACUUUGUGCAGGGCGCGCAUCAUCGGUCUCAGAAGUGAGGUGGACACAAUGUGGGCUAUUGGUACCGUCAAUGAGGACUUCCUCGGGUAAUUCACAUUCCACAUCCUAGCCACUUCUGGUUUCUACUUGGCCAAUACUAACAUACUCGUCCCAGCCCUCUUGAGUCUACUUGAGUUUGGACUUGGUAAACAAGGCAUCAUUUCGAAUUGGUCAUGGUUCGGGGUUUUGCCUGCAUGAUGCAAGAGGCCAUAAUGCAUCCUCACCACCUGAAUUAGGGAGGCUCGUCGGCAUGGGAACCACCGUGCCCCCAAAUAAGAUGGGCUACAUGAUAUAGCUCGGUGUGUAGGAAAACUGACCGCUUCUUGGCAAGUAGGUAUACAGAAACGCAUGGGCAUAUCUGCCAAGAUUUGUUCCAGGGUUUUCCUUGUCUUAUUUUCUGUUCAUACAACCUCGAUGCGCAAUUCAGGCUCACUCAGGGUUUGUGUUAAUGCUAUUGGGAUACCCAACAAAAAACCAACCUCACAAUUUGUGGGAUGCAACCACGGAUACACAAGAAUCACUUGAUCGCUUAAGCAAAUAGACUCGCCUUUCUUCAUGAGAUAGGAGCAGAUUUGUUUGGUUGCCCGUAAAGAUCUUUUCAAAAUUGAAGCUCAGGUUUAACUUUAUUCUGCAGAACUGCACCGUCUAGAGCUAUCAUGUAAUGGGAAC